AGGAAGAGGAGGAGGUGGAGGAAGAGGAGGUGGUCUCUUAACACCGCACUCCCCCCGGUUCCUCCUCUCUUCCUCUCCUCUCCUCCCGGUGUUCGGUCCUCUUCAGGAGGACUCUGAAGACGGAGAUGUCCACCUGUGCGCAGAAGAUGAAACCGGAUGUGUCUCUGGCCGUGCUGCUGUCUGCCAUCUGUCUCCUCUGCCUGCCUUCGUCAUCUAGCCACCACCAGGAGUCAGACGAGUCCAAGCUGCUGCAGGUGACCAUCCCCGCCCCCCCGCCCGUAGGCGCCGUGCUGGGCGGCUCCCUCACGCUGCCCUGCUUGGUGUCCCCGGCCCACCCGCCGCCGCUCCACUCCGCCGCCGGGGGCCGCCACGCCGCGCUGUCCCUCCCCCGGGUGAAGUGGAGCGUUCUGAUCAACGGCAACGAGGCGGAGAUCCUGGUUGCCCGCGGCGACCGGGUGAGGGUCAGCGAGGCCUACAGAGACCGAGCGACGCUGCUGAACUACGUCUCCUCCCCCGCCGACCUCACGCUGCAGCUGGAAAGACUGAGGCGCAACGACACGGGCUUCUACCGCUGCGAGGUGCAGCAGGGCCUGGAGGACGCCCACGACGUGGCUCAGGUCAAGGUCAAAGGGGUGGUGUUCCAUUACCGCGAUGCAUCCAGCCGCUACGGCUUCACCUUCGAGCGAGCCAGAGAGGCCUGCGAGGGGAUCGGGGCCGAGAUCGCCUCCCCCGAGCAGCUCCUGGCCGCCUACCACAGCGGAUACGAGCGCUGCGAUGCGGGCUGGCUCGCAGACCGCUCGGUGAGAUAUCCCAUCCAGAGGCCGAGGGAGCAAUGCUUUGGCGACAUGGAGGAAUUUCCGGGUGUGAGGAACUACGGACUGUUAGAUCCCGACGAGAUGUAUGACGUCUACUGUUACGUGGAGAAUAUCCACGGCGAGGUGUUCCAUGGCUCCGCCCCCCAGCGCUUUACCUUCUGGGAAGCCAGGGCUUACUGCCUGAGCCACGGGGCCGAGCUGGUCACCACGGCCCAGCUGUACGCGGCCUGGAGUGACGGGCUGAACCUGUGCAGUCCCGGCUGGCUGGCCGACGGGAGCGUCCGCUACCCCAUCGUGACCCCAAGGGAGCGUUGCGGGGGCGGGGAGCCCGGGGUCAGGACCGUCUACCGCUAUGGCAACCAGACGGGCUUCCCCGAGCUUCACACGCGACACGACGUCUACUGCUUCAGAGGUGAUGACGGCGUCCACACAGAACCUCCUCUGGAUUUUCUGUCCACUGAGCCGGAGGACAUUGGACAGGACAUUGACCCUGCAGCGGAGGAAGAGGAGGAAGGGGAGGAAGAGUUACUUGUGAGCGAGGCAACCUUAAAAGAGGGUGACGAGGUCCAACGUGCCCAGGCGACCAACCCCGUAAAGCGUGGACCCGCCGACUCCUCUCCACCCGCCAGGAUGGGCGCAAGCACGCCGCUGGACGGCGAGCCGCCAGAGGGCCGCACCUCUGAGACCGAAAGCUGGGACACGCCCGCCUUUAGCGUGACGCCCGUCACUGGCGAGCUCCGAGCCGACUCUCCGGGUUCUCCUCAGGGUGGAGAACUUCCCGUUUCACGAGAGGACCCCACCCUGGGAGUCCACCUGGAAGCCGCCUUGGAGGCAGAGCUCGUCCACUCGACGGAGGAGGCGACCACAUCGAGCCCUCCGACAGAGGAGGAAUCGGGAGAUGGGAGUGUGAAUCCUCCUUUGGACGAGGAGACUCAAGGCUCCACGACUGCGAGUUUGGUUGGUGUGGAAACCACAGCCGCCUCCCAUUCAGGUUAUGAUCCCCCUCCAAAGCUCCCGGGUGCAACCGCGGAGACGCCCGUCACGGGUCCUCGUGGUGACGACGGCUCAAACGGUACAACCGACCGCGGCGGACUCGUCCAUCCCGCGGAGACCCCCGCUUCAGAGGUCACCGCAGAGACCCCCGCUUCAGAGGUCACCGCAGAGACCCCCGGCUUCAGAGGUCAUCGCAGAGACCCCCGCUUCAGAAGUCACCGCAGAGACCCCCGCUUCAGAAGUCACCGCAGAGACCCCUGCUUCAGAGGUCACCGCAGAGACCCCCGCUUCAGCGGUCAUCGCAGAGACCCCUGCUUCAGAAGUCACCGCAGAGACCCCCGCUUCAGAAGUCACCGCAGAGACCCCCGCUUCAGAGGUCACCGCAGAGACCCCCGCUUCAGAGGUCAUCGCAGAGACCCCUGCUUCAGAAGUCACCGCAGAGACCCCCGCUUCAGAGGUCACCGGCGUUGCGGGUGUAAACUAUCCGGUCCCGAGCGCCGUGCCUGUGACUUUGUCGCCGCCCUGAAUGGAAACCUCAGAGGUCACGACCUCCGUGCCUCAGGGUCACACUCCCCCGCGGCCGGGCCUCCAGAGGAUGUCCGGGGCGGACUCGGACCAGAUGCGUCGUCCCUCGGCGCGAUCAAGAGUAACACGGGGGCGGAGCAAGGCGCCGGAGAGGGAUCGGGCGAUUCGUCGGGAGACCGCCCCCUGGAGGGGAGCCCGGAUCCCACCCCAGGGGAGAAGCGCGGCGGUGAGGAGGCGGCCGUGCGUCCAGAUGUGAGGAUCGCGCUGAUUCCUUGCUUGACAGUGCAGGGCCGGGAGGCGGAGCCGGCGCCCUCCUCCACGACGCAGGAGUCCCGCCCCAAUCCGGAGCACGGCGCCGAGCCCCCCGUCCACGAGGAGCGUGAGGCUGCCGCCAACGUCUCUUCACACAGCGACUCCUGCCUGCAGAACCCGUGUCUGAACGGAGGGACCUGCGUGGAGGGCGGGCCGGCCAGGUGCUUCUGCCUGAGCGGUUACGGAGGAGACUUGUGCCAGACAGACCUGGAGGCGUGCGAGUCCGGCUGGGACAAGUUCCAGGGCUUCUGUUACCGCCACUUCCCCCGCAGGCAGAGCUGGGAGGCGGCGGAGCAGCACUGCCGGAUGUGCGGAGGACACCUGCUGUCCGUCACGACCCCCGAGGAGCAGGACCACGUCAACGACAAAUACAGAGAGUAUCAGUGGAUCGGACUGAAUGACAGAACCAUCGAGGGGGACUUCCGCUGGACGGACGGGAAGCCGCUACUCUACGAGAACUGGUACCACGGCCAGCCGGACAGCUACUUCCUGUCGGGCGAGGACUGCGCGGUGAUGGUGUGGCACGACGGCGGCCGCUGGAGCGACGUGCCGUGUAACUACCACCUGUCCUACACCUGCAAGAAGGGUGCCUCCUCCUGCGGCGAGCCGCCCGAGGUCCCCAGAGCCACCGCGUUUGGGAAGAAGCGCCUGCGCUACGAGACCGACACCAAGGUGCGGUACUACUGCGAGGGGGGGUACGUCCAGCAGGGGAAUCCUGUGGUCAGGUGUCUGCCCGGCGGCCAGUGGGAGGAGCCUCUGAUCACCUGCGUGCCCACCCGUUCAAUGGAAAGGAGACCCGGUCACAAAGGUCACAGGGGUCACCGAGGUAACGGGGGUUCACGGACACCGAAGAAGCAGCUCGGCCCUUCUGGAACGUCACGUGGAACGUAUGAAGCCGACCCGCCUCUAAUGUUGUUAAAGAUUUACCCGGAAUAAAGAGACAGUUUGAGCAAAUAUGCAAAAAACUGCACCGACUGUAGCUUCAAUUUCACACUUAAGAUUACUAUUAAUAUUAAAAAUCAUUCUUCCAAUUUCUAUCCAACAUGUUUUCUGGUUUCAUGUUGAUAUUUACUUUUGAAUUGAAUAAAUGCUCCUCUUAAUGUUGA